AUGCCCCGCCAAUCGUACCACCAUGGUCAAGAUGACAAUGGCUUUGAACGCCCCGCUUUGAAAAACUCGAGGAGCGCCAUGACCUACUCCACAACAAGCCGACCUGGUGUUCCUGUGAAAUCCUCCUUCUCCAUGAGUGAAGCAGGAGGGAGGAUUGGCAGUAAUUCUGGGAGCUUGGGAUUUUUCAGAAGUCGUGGAGCGGAACUUCCCUUGAUCAAUCCGCCACCUCCCCAAGACAACCAUGCUAUUAAUAAUACUAGUACUAGUACUAGCAGCGCUAGCAGCGGCAGACACAAGAUGAGAGCUGCCAUGUCUUCAUCUGGCAGAGAAGGACUUGCUGUGUUGCCUGACUGGUCGCGGACUUCCAAUGAAUCGAAUAAUAAUAAUAAUAUUAUUAUGCAUAUGGGUCAACCAAUGACCAUCGUGGACCAUGGACGUGGAAGUCCCCACGGACAUGCCGACGACUACUUGGAAUCUACACCAACAGCUCUGCGACAACGAAAGCCCAUGGAAGGAGACUCAAGCGGUCGACACCACAACAACGGCAACAACCAGAGACAACAUUCAAACCCCAACCGUUCCAACUCCAACUCUAACAACAGCAACAGCAACAGCAAUUUGAAGAACCGGCACAAACUGUUCCAACAUGACUCCAAGCCGUUUACAACUCUCACAAACUUGAAUCUCACACAGAUCCUGCAAAUGGUCAUUUUCCUACUUGUCACGUUCCUGCUUUACGACAGUCACCAUAAAUCAAACCUCAUUGCAAAUAGACUUGGAGACUUCAAGUCAGAAGAAGCCAUGCUCUUUCUACAUAUUAACAGACUUGAACAACAGUCCAUUCAGUUGCAUCAAGUGUUACAAAGAUUCGACAACCUCAAAUCAAACCCACCCAACAACCCCAACAACAUUAAUGACAGUGCAGACAGACAACAACCGCAACAAAACCAAGGGCAGCAGGCACCCAGCAUUGACUCUGCAUUGAUCGACAAACAGCUACAACAACUCAGGGAAAUGGACGGAGAACUCAGUCAUGAAGUACGCACUCUGCAAGCCAGAAUUCAACACUCGGCCGUCAGAUCUAUUGUUCACGAGUUCGGAGAAGGACCCGUACAAGUCAUUUGGGAAGUCGUCAUGGAUGGAGUCACCAGUAAGGUUUCCAUUCUGCUAUGGCAUGACACACCCCAUGCUGCAUGGACAUGGCUCGAACAAAUAUCUAAAAAGCAGUGGGAUGGAGCACAGAUUCAUCUAGAAAACAACCGGAUCAUGAAUGUUGGAUCUGGACAUACACAAGUUGCAGAACAGGCAAAACUAGACUUUAUUGAACGAUCCCAACAGCGUCAUCAAGCAUGGACAGUGGGAUUGUCCGAACCCUCCCUUCAAGGCAGCAGCGACAACUCAGGUGGGGGGCUCCAGGUGUUCAUCAACCUUCAAGACAACACCGAAUUCAGCAAGCACAAUGUUUGCAUUGGAAAGGUAUUUGAUGGAUUCGAUGUACUGCACAAAAUGGUAGAGCAGUCCAGACAGAUGCAACAAGCUGCAGGUGCAGGACAAGGACAAGGACAAGGACAAGCAAUCACACCCAUCACCAUUCGAACGGCCAGGGCUUCACACUUGACCAAUCGGGAAACAAAGGGAUUGAUCUAA